AUGACGACCGCUGCAAAGUGUAUUGAAUUGGAUCUUAAAGAACUUCGCAAUGGUAUAAAUGAUUCACCCAUUAUUUUCGUUGAUCAAAUCGAUGACAACAAUUUUCAUCUCGAAGCUGCUAUCUCAGGUCCAAAUUCAACACCGUAUCAGGGCGGAGUAUUUCUACUUGAUAUUAAACUAACUGAAGAGUUUCCGUUUGCUCCGCCACAAUCAGUUACAUUCAAACGAGCCAUGAUGCAUCCAAACGUCGAUGAAUGUGGGAAAUUUAUAUCCAACUUAUUGACGAAAGAAAAAUGGUUACCAUCUAUGACACUAAAGGCUAUUCUAGAACAUGUUUGGGCACGUUUGGCUGUUCCUGAUAUUGAUUCCGAACAAUGUGAUCCAACUCGUGCUCCUUUAUAUCAAGCUGAUAAAAAACUUUUCGAAGAUCAAGCCCUUUACUGGUCACAAAUAAUGCAACAAUCGCCACCGAUAACUACACCGAUUAAAACCAUGCAACUCAAAGAAGUACCGUUAGAUGGAAGAAGACGAAAGAAACUGUCACUAUGUUCUUUGCCGAUUCGUCUAACAUUGGAAAUUUUGUUAAUUUUAUUACUUUUUGUACCAGCAAUCAUGUUUCUGAUGAAAUGGCCUACUGCAAAAUCGUUUAUUCACGGAAAAGUCCUUUCCAAAACACGUCUGGCACCAGCAUCGGACGGCCUUGAAAGUUGGUCGAAUCCACCAGUGAAAACCGUCCGUGCUUAUCGUUUAUUUGAUAUCACGAAUCAUAUGGAUAUCAUGACCAAAACUAAUAAUCCAAUGGUUGAAUUUCAAGAAACGAUACCAAUGCAUUAUCGUGUUGUAAUAAAGAAGAAUAAUGUUGAAUGGUUAAAUGAUCAUAAGAAUAUUCAUUAUUCAGUUGAACGUAUCUUUACACGCGAAGGAGAGUUUAACGAAACAAUUUUGAAUCAAGAAGGUGCUUUCGUCGAUAUUCUUCGUGUGAUGUUCCGAACAAAAUUUAAUCGUGUAGCAGAUUCUGUUUUCUAUAUUCUUGGCGGAAAUAAUGCUUUUAAUCAUUCCAAAGCCGUCGAUAAAUUAGAAGGUUAUAUUUCGCCACUAUUUGCAGCCAUUUCAGCUAGAAUGCAAGGACCAAAUCGUGAAAAAUAUGGUUUCAUCUACCGAUACAAUGGAAGUAAUGGAUUUAACUUUACAAUCGAUACUGGUCUUGAUCAAUCAACAAACAAGGGUCGUGUGGUUGAUUUCGCAUCUGAAUAUACAUCAUUCGAAACCAAAGCAAGUGAUUGGCAAACAACGUUCUUUGAUGGUUUAACCUUUCCACCACUCGGCAACCCAACAACACGAAAAGUGAUUAAUGUAUUUCAACCAGACUUUUGCCGACCAGUACAACUUCGUUACAAUCGAACUGUCUCAAUGUUCGGUAUUGAUCAAGUGCAUGAAUAUGUACUCAAAUUAGUCGAUUAUGAAAGUUGCCCACAGAUGGAUGAAACUUGUCCAGAAGCUGAUAAACUCGAUAUUACAAAAUGCUUAUCUUCUGAAAUUCCACCUGAAACUGUUUUUCUUACUAAACCACAUAUGUAUGGUCAUAAUUCUUCGGCAACAAAUGUUGCAUUUACACCCGAUGCGGACAAACAUGAAUCGACAAUUUACUUCGAACCACUGUCCGGCACACCUCUUCUUGCUCAAUUACGAAUUCAAUUGAAUGCUAAUGCCUGGAUCGAUCGUAUCAAAGUCAGUGAAGAUGGUACAACAAAUCCAACAAAUAGUCGUGCUGUUCGUCGUUUUAUUCCAAUGAUGUGGAUCGAUCAAAGAAUUACAUUGAAUGAUGAAACAUUAAAUCGAUUGAAACGUGUCAGUGGUAUUCUUCAAAAAGGUCACAGUGCUCAUCAAUCGUUGAAAUUAGUUUAUAUUCUUGUCGCUUUAUUCUCCACUGUUGCAAUCAUUGUUGUAAUUGAAUUACUUCUCUGGCGCCGACAAGAACGUAAAACAAAACUUAUAGAAGAAUCAAAAAAUCAACCGACGAUUUUUGCACCAGUCCAACGAUCAGGAGAAGUCGUUGUUGAGUCACACACUAACAACCUCACCAAUGACAGCAUAAACACCAAAGAACUGGUCUGA